GGGCUUGAAUUUGAGAUCCUCCUGCCUCAACCUCCUAAAGUGCUGAGAUUAUGGUUGUGCCAUUUUUCCCUUAAGCGCAUAGUGAUCUGUGGGAAAGUCCAGGGGAGAUGCUGGGGUAUUUUACUUUCCCAGGGAGCUGUGUCCAGGGAUGAACCUCAGGCCCCGUGUCCAUGCUGGUUGGAGAAGUGGUGUGGUGGGAUUUUGUUUACAGGACCCGGAGGAAGAACUGGAGUGGUUUGCUCAAUGGAACUAAGAGUCUAUGGAGAGGGUCCCAGAGGUGGGUGGAAUCCUGAGGAGGCCCUGUGAGUACCCUGCUCUGUGCAGGGCGUUUGUUCAGAGAUCCACCAGAUCAGGGAUGCUCAGCCCAGCUACCCACCUGCCACCGUGACCUUGCCUCAGUGACUGCACCUCAUGAGAACAGCUCGCGACACAUCCACACGGCUCCAUCUGCUGAGGCCAGGGAGCUGGGCCCCUGGAAAAUCCAGGGCAAAUCCUGGACCAAGCCAGACUCUUGUUUGCUCCAUGCAGGGAGGAACUUGGGUGCCAGAGUGUAGCUCACUGAAGGUGGUUUGUCCUUUGUUCUGACUGGGACAUCCUGGUAGCCCAGUGGUGGGUGGGGUCAGAAGAGGCUGGUAAGACCUGGUUUCCUCUGGUUCCAACACUGGGCCACGUAGAAAGGAAGACAGAGGGAUCUGGGGUGUGAUGGAAGACAGGCUGCUUCCCGGUGUGAGCAGCUUCCUGAGGGGGCAGCUCUCAGCGACAGCUGCUGUGGGUAUCUUUGGGUGGGCUGGGUCCUCGAACACUGCAGGCAGAUGGCCCUGCCGGUCCCCAGACCUGAGGUGCCCCUCCUGUGCCGGGAUCUGGGAGAUGGCUUCCUAUUCACAUGGUCCAGCUGCUGGCCGAGGGCCCCACCCCAUCUCCACACUCAGAGUGGGGGAGUCUGGGCACAGCACCGCUCUGUGCCUCUUAUUUCCUCACCUGCUCCUUGGGGCUGUUCCUGGUCCCUACCUCAAGGUAGUUGAAGCUCUGGGGAGAGGAAUUACGAGCCUAGGCAUGGCCUGGUGGGCGAGGGCACAGUCUCCUGUGUGGCCCCCCUUCGUAGGCACACAGGCCUGUGGCAGCUAAGAAGAGCAGUUACCCACGUGACCACGAAGAGCUCUGUGUGUCUUUUGUCUGAUGACCAUCUAGAGCUGGCAUUGCCACUCCACCAAGAGAUUUGCCAGCUGAAUCAGAAGCAAAACAAGCUGUCAUGCCAGCACUGGGAGGCUGAGGCAGGAGGGUCACACGUUUGAGCCCAGCCCAGGCAAUUUAGCUACUCAUCGAGCUCCUGUCUCAAAAUAACAGAAAUGGACUGGGGAUGUACCUGAGUGUGAAGACCCUAAGAUUAAUCACUAGUACUGACAGAAAACAAAACAUGUCUGAAAAAGUUAAAAGUCUGAUAGAUUGGCAAACAAACCUGGUCAGGGGGCUGUUGUGAAAUGUGUCGGAACUUGGCAGAGUCCUGCUGUCAGUAAGGUAGAGUCGAGUGGCUGCCACUAGGACUGUCUGCCUUUUCUGCCUGACUCUGCAUUUUCUGUUCCUUCCUCAGGAGAAUGAAUGAAGGGUAGGGAAGAAAACCCUUUUUAACCAGGCUUCUGAAUUCAGAAAUUUAUUUUACAAAUGGCUGUUUGAUAUGAAACAGGUGUAGUCAGAAGAUAACAGCAAGUAAAAAGCAUGAUGGAGUCGGAGAACUCAGUAAUUACCUGACAGCUAUAAGAGAAACAACCGAGGUAAUCCAGCUACCCACAGAUGAAAAAUUCGUGAGAAAGUACUGAGAACGAAGCUGGAAUUCUGGGUCUGGUGGGCCCACGGCCGGGCGGAGAGACCCCUGUACUCGUCUGUGCUCACUGUGUGGCGUCUGUCUUGGUGCUGUCCCCUGCAGGUCCUGGCACCGGCUGACCUCCCCUGGCACCUCUCAUCUGGGCAUCUCUGCUCUGCCCUUGGCUAGACGGUCACAUUUCCAGUGCAGGCCUGGCAAGAUGCUGCCUCUUGAGAAGGUUGUGGCCUCUCCUAGGAGCCCCCCAACACCUCCUGAACCACUCAUGCUAGGCUCAGAAGAUGCAGCCCAGCAGGGGGAACCUGAGGCUGAAGCUGAUGCCAAGCUUGAGGCCAGGGUCACUGCUGCGACCGAGGCUGAGGCCAUUGCUGAGGUUCGUGAGGGCGUGGCCAAGGUCGAUGCCGAUGCAGCUGAGGUCAGUACUGGUGCCGCUGAGGUCCCUGCCGAUGCUGCAGAGGUUGAUGUUGAUGCCGAAGUCAAUACCGGUGUGGGUGAGGUUGAUGCCGAUGAGGCUGAGGUCAGUGCCAACAGGGCCGAGGUCCAGACCGAUGCUGCCAAGGAUGAAAUCGAUGCCGAGGUCCAGGCCGAUGCUGCGGAGUUUGAAGUCGAUGCCGAGAUCCAGGCCGAUAGUGUUGAGGUCCAGGCCGAUGCUGCCGAGGUUGAUGCCCUCACGGCUGAGGUUGAUCCUGACGCAGCCGAUGUUGAUGCUGAUGCUGGGACUGGCUGUGAGAGGACCCCUGUGGACCUUGAGUUCUCCCGCCUGCGCUUCCGCGAAUUUGCCUACCAGGAAGCAGCAGGGCCGCACCAGACCCUGGCCCGGCUCCAUGAACUGUGCCGACAGUGGCUGCGGCCUGAGUCCUGCUCCAAGGAGGAGAUCCUGGAGAUGCUGGUGCUGGAGCAGUUCCUGGGCAUCCUACCUGACAGGGUCCGCCCCUGGGUGGUGGCCCAGUAUCCUGAGAACUGCAAGAAGGCAGCUUCCCUGGUGGAAGGCCUCUCGGAUGUCCUGGAUGAGCCAGGGAUGCUGCUGUGUUCCCCUGGGGGGUCAUCCUCUGAGCUCGGCGAGGGAGCGUGUGAGCGGCGCUCAGACCCACUGCUAUUGCCAGAGCUGCCUUCCCUCCUUCCAGCCUGGCCUGCCCUGGAGUCCAUGCUUCUGGAACAGGGGAGUGUUGGGGGAGAAAAGUCCGGGGAGGCUGACUCUGCCAAAACUGAGCUGGAGAAGCCAAAGUCGUUCUCAGAGGAGCCCCUGCCCUUGGUGGAGUGGGGUCACCUGGAUCCCGCAGAGGAGAACCUGCAGAGCUACAGGAAGCUGCUCCUCUGGGGAUAUCAGCUUUCUCAGCCUGAUACUGUUCCUAGGCUGGAGACUGGGGAGGCUGGAUUGGAGGACCUGGACCUGCCAGAAGACAGUGGCCCAGGUGACGGGGCGCAUCAGGAAAGCGAAGGGGAUACGUGUGAGGACGUGUCUGGGCGUGAGGUGCUCACAGACGGGCUUGCUGAGGAUGCUCCCGUGAGCCCUUCAGGGGACGUGGCCCAGGAGGAAGCACAGCCUGAGAAGGUUCCGGAUGACCAGGGAGAGGAGGACUCUAAGCGGGGAGCCAUACCACCACUGGAAGAGCAGGACAAGGAUGCAGUGGGGCUGGCCAGCCUGCAGCCAGGUGCUGGAACAAAGAGGCCCCACCCAGAGGACGAGGAGGAGGAGGAGGGCGGAAGGGAGGAGGGUCCUGAGUGUGUCUCCAGCAGUGCGGGGAAGGAGCUGGCCCCAGAAGACUUCGGGACCCCAGUGGAGCAGGACCAGGCCCCAGGCCCGUCCUCAGCAGCCAGCCCCGCAAUGGUUGAGGCUGGAGCUGGCCGCGGGCAGCCGUAUCCCUGCAGUGAGUGCGGGGAAGCCUUUGCAUGGAUCGCCCACCUUGCUGAGCACCACAGCAGCCACAGCAGCAAGAAGCACCGCGCCUGCCCUGACUGCUAGGAACACUUGGGCCUGGCCACUGAGCACUGGGGCCCUCGAGGAAGAGGAAGAGGCCUGGAGCCCACGUGGGGAAGACUGCAGCUCUGUGUGUGCGGAGGGUGUUAUGAGCAUCCCAUGAGAUGAGUUUGGCCUGGCCGUGAAUCCUGAAGUGUGCCCUUGGAGGUUUCCUGUGAUGUCUUUAGAUAAUCACUCUCCUAAGGUUGACUAAAGCACUUAAAAGUGGAGAGUCCUGAGGGAAACUCCCUCCCCUCCAGAAACACCCUGGGAAGAUGCUCACAGAGUGUAAGCUGCUUUCUUCCAUUCACUUCAGCACCACCCCAUGUGGGGUCAUUUGACAGAGUGUAGAGUUGCCUUACAGUGUGUGAUUGUUGGCGCUUUGCUAGUCAUCUUUGCCUUGACUGCUCCUUUUCUUUGAGCUAAGUUUGUUCAAGAAUUCUUGACAGAUGUUUUGUCAUUUUUAUACAUGUACGAUGUCAAGUUCAUCUCUGAAUCCUCAAAAGUGGAAACUGUUUCCUAGUUUAACUCAUGUGUCUUUACUUGUGUAGAGUGGCUGGAAAGAUCCCCAAAUGCUUGGAGCCUGUAACAGUUUUCAAACUGUUGGCUCCAGCCCGUUAGUGAAUUGUAAAAUCAAAUCAGUGGAUGGCCACUGGCUUUACAAAGCAACAAAGUAGAGUAGAAUAGGUCAGAAUGCAUUGUGUAGUGAAGGCAUAUACUGUUUUGUGAAACUUUUCAGCUAUGUAUCUAAAUAUGAAGGUGUAUUUAUUAGGGGGCUGAGAUAAAAAUGGGUUGAAAAUACUAAUAAAGGUUGAUGAAGACAUCUGUCUGCCUGAGCAAUGGUAACUAAACUCCUUGGGCUCCAUAAGGUGAUCUUUUGGUUUUACAUUGAUCCUGAUUGCGGCAUUGAUUCUGUUGCCUGAACACUGAGUUGCUCCCUCUAGAUACAAAAGUCGGUGCCUCUUUCUGUCACUGAGCAGGCAUUCUGUGUGACAACCCACAAAUCACUGAGGCUUAACAUAAUAAAGUAUUUAUUUCUUCACUCACA